CGAGUUCUUUUUCUAUAUCCAGAAUUUCUAUAACCAGGGAUAUACCGGGACGUAUCAUUUGCUGUGUACGGAUUUUGAAAAACCAGCUCUUUGACAUGCGGAAGAAACUGUGAUAGGGAAACUCAGACAUCUGAAGAAGAAAACCCGAUCAUAGGAGGAAAGCAGGAAUUACCUUAUUAGAGUUUCAUACGAUCAUAUAUUCCAACUAAUUGAGAUCAGUGUCUGGAAAUAUUAUACCCCCCUUUCCGGCAUUGCCAUUAAAUCAAGAAAAGUUAUUGAAUACAAACAUCGCCGGAAAUUAUACGAACUAUAAUAAAAGGAAAUAUGACAAAAACAUGAACAGAGCUAAACAUUUUCUUAAACUAACUAUAGAAAUAAAAGAAAUACGAAAACAUUUAAGAAAAGGGGACAUGUUUUUAAACGGAGGCCACCUGUGGCAAGCCGCGUCCUUUGUAAUCCACUAAAAUUACCAUUUCAUGGAAAAGAGGCGUUGUUGGCUAUCUUGGAAAAUAGACCUCGUCGUUCUGUAUCAUUUAUGUGUGAAUUCAGUCUUAGUAAACGAAUGCAUCACUCCUUGCUCAACGCCGGAUAUAGAGCGUUUAUAAAAGGCUCACUUCUACUGAAAAUUGCACUCAGUGUAACCGACCUUAUAUAAUAAAAGUGUGAUUGUGCAUUGUUGACAAGUGUCUACGAGAAGUUGAGUCUCGUCUGAGAUGUGGCAGUCCAGUGGCAUCCGGAGUCUAGCCCGCGAGCUUACCCAAUGACGGCUGCCGGAAAUGAAGAGCCACACGUGGACAUGGACGUUGUCGUUGCCAAGGUGCUCGCUAUUGUCAUCAUCACCAGCCUCACCGUUCUCGCCGGAUUGCUCCCUUGUCGCCUCAUGAGGCAUUGCCGCCGACCCAUGCUCAAGCGCAGACGCAUGUUUAACGACAUGGUGUCCGGGGGGAAGUGCUUCUCUGGCGGUGUGUAUCUUGGUGUUUGCUUUCUCCACCUGAUUCCCGAAACGCGACAUAAAGUAGACGCGGUCCUGGAGCAUGUAGGGUCAAGGUCUCACUACCCGGUGGCCGAGUUACUCACAAUGGCCGGAUUCUUUGGUGUCAUAUUUGGGGAACAUGUGAUAAGGUGUUUGUAUUACAAGUUUCAAGAGGAUUCGUGUCUUCCAAGGUUUGACCACGACAGUUAUAGCUUUGAUCAAGAUUACAUACCGACGACUGAGGACCCGGCCUUUGAAGGGUGUGAUUUAAUUGAGUGUAGAAGUCUUCAUUCUUUAUCACAAACAAGUUACAGUAAGGAUGACAUACAAAAUCAAAUGAAUUCUCCACAAACACUUCAAGACGAAAGCAUUAUAACGCCAGUGCCUAGAAUUCAUAUCAAUGGUUUAACUCCCAUUAACCAAACUAUAACAUCAUUUAACGAAGCAAAUCUCAACAAUGUAAAUCGCUCUAACUCAUUACCUAGCGAACACGGUGCCCCGAUCCCUCCUCCAAUCCAUUCCGCCCCGUCAUCUGUGGAGAGGCACGAGUGGUACGACCUGGAGCCGGUGCCUCCGUUGCCCAUGCAAGACCUCGAGGUGCGGACGGUGGUGACGGAAUUGAGCCGCCAGGAUGAGCAAGGCCGCGGCCACAUCCGGUCUGCCUUCCUACUGGCAGCUCUCUCCUUCCACGGCGUGUUCGAAGGCAUGGCAUUGGGGUUGCAGGCGGCCGUCAGUGAUGCCUGGCUGAUGUGUGUAGCAGUCCUUGUCCACCGCGCCAUCCUCGCAUUCGGUAUGAGCCUACAGUAUGCGCGGGAACAGGAAAAACCCUCCACUAUCGUCUUCUCAAUUAGCGCGUUCUCAAUUAUUUGUGUUGUUGGUAUAAUUAUCGGGAUUGCAAUCUCAGCCGGGGCUCAGUUAUAUAAUGAUGUUGACGUCCCUAAUGCAAUAUUGCAAAGUCUGGCCACUGGUACUAUCUUCUGUAUCGUUUUUCUAAACAUUCUGUUUAAAGAGCUUGACGGAAAUAAAGACGUUAAGAAGAUUUCAUGCACCUUUGUAGGAUUUGCUUUUAUGGCCGUGCUUCUUGCUGUGGCGAAAUCAUAACUUGUGUUUUACGAGCUAUCUAAUAUCUGCGAUUGUAAUUGAUAUUUCAUUAUAAUUGCGAGUGCAUUAUUUGAUUGAGGAGCUGGAUUUAAUUACAGUAUUGCGUGUGUGGGAACAGCGGGAACAGCGUUGUGUUGUUUGCUCCAAUAAAUGCUAUGAAAUCUAUAAUUUUAAUCAUUCACUUUAUGUCGCAUGUUUUCCCAUUCCUGCUCGCAAAAUGAAACCUGGAAAC